AUGGCUGGUGGGUCUUCAAAUCGUGGAUGUCGAGGAGGUAAAGGAAGGGGGAGCCCGAGGCAGAAGAAGGGGAAGCAUGUGGUCCCUGAGCAUGGCACAUGCGAAAAGCCAACAUAUGACCCUACCUCUUGGUGGGGGGAGAAAUUUCCAGACAAUUUCAAGUUUAGGCCCAUUGCUAGAAAUUUAGUAAAUGUCCAUGUCUGGCAUAGUGGCAAGUUUGUGUCAGAACCUAGUCUGGAUUAUUUAAAUGGUAUAUGUUUUACUGUUGACAAAUGGGAUGUAGAUGAGAUAAAUUCCAUUGAUUUAGGCAAAGUUGUAAAAAGGUUGGGGUAUGUCUCAUUUAAUAUAUGGUAUAGACACCCUGAUUUUGGACUUUCUAGUGGUUGUAAGCCAUUUAGGGAUGAUGGAGAUGUGGUGGCUUUUCUGAAUGAUGUAAAGGGACAUAGUGAAGUUGACUUUUAUGUUGAGCAUUUAGUAGAGGAAGUACCAGAACUUGUAGAUGACUUUCAGUUCCUUGAAUACACACAAGCUGGUCAGGGUGAGGGAGUUAAGGAGAAUGGUGAGGGUUCUGUUGGUGAGGGUUCUGUUGAGGGACUUAAUGAUGGCCAGGGUGGUUCUGGUGAGGGACAAAAUGAGAUUGUUUAUGAGGAUUGUGAGGUAGUUGGUGAGGGAGUUAAUGAAGGACAAAAUGAGAUUGUUAAUGAGGAUUGUGAGGUAGUUGGUGAGGCAGUUAAUGAAGGACAACAUGAGAUUCUUAAUGAGGAUUGUGAUGUAGCUGGUGAGGGACUUGAUGAAGGACAACAUGAGAUUCUUAAUGAGGAUUGUCAGGUAGCUGGUGAGGGACUUGAUGAAGGACAACAUGAGAUUCUUAAUGAGGAUUGUCAGGUAGCUGGUGAGGGACUUGAUGGAAAAGAUGAUAGUGAGAUCAGUUUAGAUGACAGUGACUUUGAUGAGAAGUGGGAGUGGUCCAAAGUCCUUCCAACCUUUGGUUCAGUAGAUGAAGACCAAGUUGCUACCAAGGAUAAAAAUCCAGCUUGUUUGGAUGAAUUUGCAAAUGAGGAUGGAGCUUCUGAUGACUUGGAAACACCACCUGACAGUGAUGAUGAAAUUGGUCAGCAAAGGAAAAAGUUCCCAAUUUUCAAACUCCCUCCAGAUGGUGCAGAGGUUAAGUUUGUAGUUGGGCAGAAAUUUACUACUUCCAAACUCUUUAAAACAGCUAUUAAAGAGUAUGCUCUUCAAAGGAGGAAGAAUGUAAUUUUAGAGAAGAGUGAUAGCAAAAGGGUUGUCAUUAAAUGCGAGGGUGAGUGUCCAUUUUAUUGCAGGCUUUCCAAGUAUGAGCAGAACAAUUUCUGGCAGAUUGUCUCACUGGUUGAUGAGCACUUAUGCUAUAGGACCUCCAAGAAUCGCCAUGCCAGGCCUAAGCUACUUGCCAAGAAAUUGAUGCAAACAAUAAGGCAUAACCCUGGAAUGAAGUGCAAUUCUGUGGUUGCUGAAGGCCAGCUUAGGUGGGGAGUAGUGCUGAAUAGAUUUCAAGCAUCAAGAAUUAGGACAGCAGCCAAAAAGAUGAUUGAUGGGGCAGAGCAGGAACAAUAUAAACAUCUAAGGAGUUAUGCUAAUGAGCUAUUGAGGAGCAACCCAAACAGCACUGUGAUUAUCAAAAGUGAGAUGGGAGCGGAUGGCCCUGUGUUCCAGAGAAUUUAUGUGUGCUUUGCUGCUUGCAGAAUGGCUUUUGCAAGACACUGCAGACCACUCAUUGGAUUGGAUGGCUGUUUCUUGAAGGGUGUUUAUGGUGGACAGCUGCUUACUGCUGUUGGUAAGGAUGGGAACAACCAGAUGUUCACAAUUGCCUUUGCUGUUGUUGAGGCUGAGACUAGAGAUUCAUGGGAAUGGUUUGUGUCCCUAUUACUGGAUGAUCUGAACACAAUACAAUCAAGGAGGUGGUCAUUUAUUUCAGAUCAACAGAAGGGCUUGGUUCCCACCUUAGCAGCAUUGAGUGAAGAUGUGGACCAUAGAGUAUGUGUUAGGCAUGUUUAUGGAAACUGGAGAAAGAAGUAUCUAGGAGAGGAAAUGAAAAAUGCACUAUGGUCAGCUGCUAGAUCAUGCACUGUGCCUCAAUUUGACAGGGCAAUGCAAAAGCUUAAGGAGAUGAAUGAAGAAGCAUGGAAGGAUCUAUGUGAGAUACCUCUUAAGCAGUGGGCAAAAGCACAUUUUAGUACUCAUUCUUUGUGUGACCUGCAAGUGAACAACAUGUGCGAAGCUUUCAACAUGGCAAUUCUGGAACACAGGGAUAAACCCAUCAUAUCACUCAUUGAAGGCCUAAAGCACUACAUCAGCUCUCGGAUUGUGAAGCAGAGGGACUUAAUGUUGAGGUACAAGGGAAACAUAUGCCCCAUGAUUCAGGAGAAAUUGGAGGCUCACAAGUUAGCAGCACAAAACUGGGCACCACAUUGGAAUGGUGAUACCCUUAAUUCAAAAUUUGAGGUUACAGAUGGGACUAACAAGUAUCGUGUGGAGCUGGCCAAAAAUCAUUGUGCAUGUAGGAGAUGGGAUUUGACAGGUAUCCCAUGCUGCCAUGCUAUUCCUUGCAUGUGGCAUAACCGUACUCACCCUGAAGAAUAUGUGGACAACUACUAUAGGAGAGAUACUUUUCUGUCCACUUAUGCAUAUAUAAUUGAACCAAACAAUGGUCCCAUGCUCUGGCCUGUCAGUGAUCUGCCACCACUAAAUCCACCAUAUGUGAGAAGGGCACCUGGAAGACCUAAGACUCAAAGAAACAAAAAGAAUGAUGAGCCCAGGAAUCCCUACAAGCUUGCAAGGAAUCAGACCAAGGUUAAGUGCAGUAGGUGUGGAAAGUGGGGUCACAAUAUAAGAACUUGUGGAGGGAAAACUGGUGCGGAUAGGGAAAUAGAGAAAGGGGGGAACAAGCAAAACUCAAAGAAGACUCACCCAAAACCUAGAACAAGAAGUGCAAGGACUGCUGAUGCACCUCUAAAGCCUACAUACAAGCCUGCUGCAAAAGGAAAGAGGAAGACUAAAGCAAGUGAGCCUACUGCUUCUCAGCCAAUGACAGCUCAAGCUAAUGGAAGUCAGGCAAAUGCAUCACAACCACAAUCUCAAGCUAAUGGAAGUCAGCCAAAUGCAUCACAACCACAAUCUCAAGCUAAUGGAAGUCAGCCAAAUGCAUCACAACCACACUCUCAAGGUAGCACAAUUACAGCUUCAUUACCACCAGCUGGUGUAGCUAGAAGGGGAAGAAAGAGAUCAAGAGCUGGACUAGGAACACAAGAGAGCACAAGCUGAAUGGGAAAGUGCUUUGUUGUUUCUGCAUUUUGUAUUUUUUUUCUAUGUACUUGGGAAGCCAAACUAGUAUGGCCUAUGAUUAUUGAUAUUUUGGUAUGGCCUUGUAUGACCUUGUAACUCUGCACUUUAUUUUGAUACUAUUAGUUAAGUGUAGACCUUUAUUGUUCCAGUUUAAAUGUAGACAAUUUAAAGCUUGGUUA